GCGUUGCGCAGGACCAAACACAUUUCGAGCAACGAUGAUAAGAUAAGAAAUCCGAUAAAAGAUAAGAGUGUCAGAACUCAGCUGCUUGAGCGAGUUGCGGGGAGAAAAGCUGAAGGUGGGGCCUGCCCUCGUCAAAAACCCACAACAGGCCGGCAAGUCACGGGACCGGGUCAAAUUUCGACCGUGCACCCACACUUGCACGGCAGCCCUGGGCGAAAUUGUUGCAAAUUCGCGAAAACCAAAGAGAGAGGCAGCUGGCCCACGACACCACACGUCAACCACACCACAUCACGACCCCAUCCAGCCGUCAAAAUGGUGAACGUCCCCAAGACCAGAAAGACCUUCUGCAAGAGCAAGGAGUGCGGCAAGCACCAGCUCCACAAGGUCACCCAGUACAAGGCCGGCAAGGCUUCGGCCUUCGCUCAGGGAAAGCGCCGUUACGACCGCAAGCAGAGCGGUUACGGUGGUCAGACCAAGCCCGUCUUCCACAAGAAGGCGAAGACCACCAAGAAGAUCGUUCUCAGACUGGAAUGCUCCGCGUGCAAGGCCAAGAAGCAGCUCCCUCUCAAGCGCUGCAAGCACUUCGAGCUUGGUGGUGACAAGAAGACCAAGGGUGCUGCCCUCGUCUUCUAA